ACUGCGGACUCACACGAGUCCGAGGUUUAUGUAUGUACUGACUGGAAACUUUUCCUCCUUCAGACCACCAGGCUGAGUUUCCCGGAGUGUUCUCCCCGCGUUGCCGCGCCGCCGGCUUCAUGUUUUACUGACAUGGUGUCCAAGCUGACCUCCCUUCAACAGGAGCUGCUGAGCGCCCUGCUGGACUCCGGCCUCACCAAGGACGCGCUGCUGCAGGCGCUGGAGGACCUGCCGCCCUGCCCGCCCUGCCCGCCCGGUCUGGGCAUCAAAACGGAGCGGCCCCUCUCCCCGGCCAGCGACAGCGACUCCAAGCCGGUCCUGCUGACGCUCGGCAGAGUGAGCAAAGUGUCCGGGGACGAGGGCUCGGAGGACGGAGAGGACCGGGACACGCCGCCCAUCCUGCGGGAGCUCCAGGCGCUGAACACCGAGGAGGCGGAGCAGCAGCGCGCUCAGGUCGAGCGGAUGCUAGCUGAGGAUCCAUGGCGAGCAGCCCGCACCAUUAAGAGCUACAUGCAGCAGCACAAUAUCCCUCAGCGAGAGGUGGUGGACGUUACAGGACUGAAUCAGUCUCAUCUCUCACAGCACCUUAAUAAAGGAACCCCCAUGAAAACAACCAAACGAGCUGCGCUCUACACCUGGUAUGUGAGGAAACAGCAAGAAAUCAACCGACAGUUCGACCGUGUUGAGGGCUCUGACCCCAGUGACUCAGGCAGUCAGGAUCAGGUACUGUUUUUUUUCCCAGAGUUCAGCCAUGUCGGGCAGAGUGUGGGCACUGCGGGGGGUCCUGGAGGGCCGCUGGGGGACGAAGGUGAGCCAGGCUCAAAAAGACUGAGGCGGAACCGCUUCAAAUGGGGGCCAGCAUCUCAGGAGAUCCUGUACCAGGCCUAUGAGAGACAGAAGAACCCCAGCAAAGAGGAGAGAGAGGCACUUGUGGAGGAAUGCAACAGGGCUGAGUGCGUACAGAGAGGUGUGUCACCCUCUAAAGCUCAUGGUCUGGGCUCUAACCUGGUCACAGAGGUCCGUGUCUAUAACUGGUUUGCUAACCGGCGCAAAGAAGAGGCUUUCCGACAGAAGCUGGCUAUGGAUGCUUAUCCUGUUCACAGCCUGAACCCCCUAAUGCCUCCUUCAGCAGCACACCAGCACCACCAUCACAGCAGCACAGAUACAAAACUCAGGUACAGCCAACAAGGAAGCAGUGAGGUCACUUCCUCAACGGCCAUCAGUCACCUUGGCAACAGCCAGUCGGUGUUACAACAGGUGUCUCCAACUGGCCUGGACGCCUGUCACAGCCUGUUAUCACCUGAAGCCAAGAUGAUCUCUGCCUCAGGUGGAGUCUUGCCACCAGUGAGCACUCUGACCAAUAUCCACAGUCUGUCUCAGUCUUCACAUCAUCACCAGCAGGCCCAGAGCCUCAUCAUGACCCUCACUGCACAGAGCCUGAGUUCCCCUCCUGCUCAGAGUGUACCUGUCAUUAACAGUGUGUCAGGACUGACCACUCUGCAGCCCAUGCAGUUCCCUCACAGUUCCGGCCUCACGCCCCUCACCACUGUGCACUCCUCACAGCAGCCCUAUACACACUCACACAUGUACUCCCCCAAGCAGGAACCUCCUCAGUACUCCCACCCAGCUCGAUUCUCCUCCAUGGAUACAAGCACUAUCACUCAUCUGGGCUCUAACAAGCAGUGCCCUUUGCAGGCUUGGUGAAAGUGUUCACCUGUGAAAGACCUUCCUUGGCAGCUAAGCAAGAGGAGUCCCUUAAGCCACAGUAGAUACUGUGACCUCUGAAAAAAACUGACUGCAGUAGAUGAUAAACCAGGAGUCUUGAGUCCUAUGUUGAUUUUACUAAUGAGUGGAUGGUGCUGUGACAACCUGCUGGAACGUGAUCAUUGAGCCCAAUAGCCUAAAUGAUCAAGGCAUUUUCUGCUCAACUUUUCAACAAAUUUAAAUCUAAGGAUGCUCACUCACCCUCUCUGCUGACCAGCCUUCAUCAUCUACUGAACAUUUACAGAGGACCUAUAACAAGAUUCCUGUUCAAAAGGGUGCACACAAGCCAUCAUGGACCUUCUGCAAAAGACUGCUUGGAGCUGUUCUUCGACAAUCAGACCGUUACCUCUGUGGAUGCUGCAGCCACCUUGAAUCAUCUCAGUUGAAAUUCUCUGUAUAAGAGGCUCCUCCUCCAUAUUUUCCUGUUAAAUUUAUGUGGAUUGUGAUGAGGUCAAGCAAGAGAACGUAAUGGUCAAUUUACGGACAGUUUUUUCUUUUUCCUAAAUCGCUAACUCUGAUAUAUGUAGUGUUGAUUCUUAUUUUUUUAUGAAAAUCAUUUCUGUGUACCAAAUUCUAGACAUGUUCAGGAUACAAAAAUGCCCCAUUGACUGUUUUUGCCAAAUAAGAUCAUUCAGCAAGAUGCAACAGUAAUUGUCUCUCAGGGACUGAUUUUACACCACCCUGUUGUGGAAUUGUGAAAAUGUGUCGCCUUAAUAAUGUUUUUAGUGUAUGUAAAUUCUGGAAUCAUUGGAUCAUAUUUAUACUGUUGUAAAACAUUGUGUAUAUUGAAAUUAUUUUUAAAGAACAACACUAAAAGUGGAAUGCUUUAUUCUUGGAAGAGAAAUGCAAAAUAUGUACAACUCUAUAGAGGACAUGUAGUUUAAGUAAGAUGGGCAACAGUGGCAGUAGAUUGAGAGAUUCUGAGAUGGAGUGAUAGGAUGGGGCGUAUGUUUUCUUUUCCAGAUUGACCCCAUUCUAGACCCAGGUCUAUUUCCUUGUGGCCAAAAGGCGUGAAAACUCAGUUGAGCAGCCACCAUGAGGAAGUGAAGAAGUCAUUACGCUUGUCCUUUCACCAUGUGACCUUUGUGGAAUGUGAUUCAAAUGUGUAUUUUCCCAAGGGAAAAAAACCAAAGCCACUUAAUGUAACCUGGAGGAAAAAGUACUUUUUUAAAAAACGACCACAAACUCUACUGCACCUCUAAAUCACUCAUAAGACACCAACUUUAGGGUUCAUGUCAGAAUUUGUAUUUGGUAUCAUGCAUAUUUGGUGUGUUUAUUACACCGUUUUUUGAAAAUUGAACAAAAUUGUCACAAAAAUAAAACAUCAUAAAUACAUAGUA